CGAGAGUAGUUAUCACUUAUAUUUCGUCAGUAGUCUUAUCAUUAAUGUUAACAAAAUUCUAUACAUUUCUACUUUACCUUUUAUUAUUACUGCCAAAACUUUAAUCACUUAAGUUAUCUUACAGCUUGUACUUUGAUUGAAAUACCUUUAACUCUAUCUUUAAUAUUUUUAUGAUAGAAUACAAAUAUAUUUUGUUCUAUCGGAGAAAAUGUAUGCAGUUUAUUCUCUAAUUUGUAACUGAGUUUAAUUUAAAAAAUAUAUAUAUAUAUUAUCAGCCAUGACUAGUGGUGUGCUAAAAAUACUAGAUUUUUGGAUUAGUUUAUCAUUAUAGCGUUGCAAAUUUUUGUUACUAUUUUAAUUAUCAACUGAAAAUAUUUUCGAAAUGAAUAAAUUAAAAUCAUCUCAAAGGGAAAAAGUUAAAAAGUUUAUGGCAUUUACACAAACUUCAGAAAAUGUUGCCAUAUUUUGUUUAGCUAAAAAUGAUUGGAAAUUAGAACAAGCAUCUGAUAAUUUUUUUCAAAAUCCACUUGAAUAUGAUACAGGUAAAAUUAAUACUCAAUCAAGUUCAACUGUUGACAAAAGAAAACUGGAAACCAUGUAUAACAGAUACAAAGAUCCAACAGAACCAAAUAAAAUUAAUGUAGAUGGUGUUAUGCGGUUACUAGAAGAUCUUAUAUUACCUCCUGAUUCUAUACUUGUACUUAUCAUUGCUUGGAAAUGUCAAGCUGCUGCUCAGUGUGAAUUUACCAAACAGGAAUUUAUCAAUGGCAUGACUAAAAUGGGAUCAGAUUCAAUAGAAAAGCUUAGGCUCAGGUUACCAACAUUAGAAAGAGAACUCUCUGAUGCUCCUAAAUUCAAGGAUUUUUACUAUUUUGCUUUUAAUUAUGCCAAAAAUAUUGGCCAGAAAGGUCUUGAUUUAGAUAUGGCCAUUACUUAUUGGAACAUAAUAUUUGUUGGAAGAUUCAGGUUUCUUGAAUUAUGGUGUCAAUUUUUAAGAGAGCAUCAUAAUAAAUCUAUACCUAGAGAUACCUGGAAUCUGUUACUUGAAUUUGCAUGUGUCAUUGAUGAUGAAAUGACUGAGUAUGACCAAGAAGGAGCUUGGCCAGUUUUAAUUGAUGAAUUUGUUGAAUGGGCUAGACCAUUGGUAUCAAGAAAUAAACCAUCUAGCACUUGUGAAGAUACUUGAUAAUAAAUGUAUAAAUAUCAUAAAAUAUGUAUAUUGGUUUUUUUUUUUUUUUUUUUUUCUUUAUUUUAUUUUCUUAAUU